GAGGAAUCCACUGAAUCCACCGAUUCACCUCUUUUUUUGCCCAAGAUGCCAUGGCCAACACGCCGGAACUCGAAUCGGUGUUGAGCCGAAGGCGAGAAGAAGUUGAAGCGAGAGGUGCCUUUUACACCAAGGAUCGGUGUGGGCGUGCUGAUGCGGUUUGGUAUGAGCGCACCGAAGGGCAGUUCAGCCCUCGCCACUCGGACAGACCCGUCUCCCGCUUGGCGAGUGCAUCACCUUUCCCUGAGCGAGACGAGCCAGCGGAGGCACCGCGACAGCGCCCCCACUUGGUACGGAGGCGAUCCGCACCCAAGCAACAUCCUGAACCCGAUCGCGUGAGGCGGAGCUUUCCCAGGCGUGUGUCCACCGGCACCGCUCUGAAGGCACCGGUGCGUCCCAUGAAUUCACGCAACACAUCGCCAAUGGCAUCUUCUGCACGAUCCCUGGCGACACCCGAGCGCACACGAGCUGCGGCGAGUGAGGAGGGGUCACAUGCAGCAACUGCGACGACUGGGCACACCAGAUGCAGCGUUGACGCAGACUUGAAGGAUGUGAAGGAUGUGAAGUCGCCUGCGGCAAAACGCUCAGAGAGCAGCUCCUCAGCCAGUACAAUCAGCUGUGAAGCAAUACCUCCUCCGCCCGCGCCAAAGAGUGUAAGCCAAAGAGCGCCAGUGGAUCAGAAAGGGGAGAAUGCUGAUUCACGAGUGGGUCCACAAGGAAAGAAUGGCCCUUCUGCAUCUGCCUUGCCGCAAUUGUCGCGCCCACCAAAAGCAGGCGGGGCUCCAGCCGUUGCGGCACCACCACCGAUGUUUGCCCGGAAGGUGCAGGUGGACUUCCGAAGGUGCCGAGAGUGGUCGCGGAGCCAGGUGCUGCUGUUCAGACAAACAAAGCAGCAGAUGAGUCUCCUUGCGAUGCAGGUGGCUGCUCGGAAGCUGUGCAAGAUCCAGGAGGCUUGCAAGAUGGGAGCUCGAAAGGCGACCAACCUGAGGAUGCCCAAGUCGAAAGUUCUCAUCAGGAACCAGGUACUAUGCGCGAAAGCAAGCGCCAUGUGCGGCUUUCCACUGUUGAGAGCUCUGAGGAGGGCCCAGGCUUCUCGAAGCCUGUCCCAGCGCUCGAAUCGCCACAGGACGAGCGAUCUCGAAGUACUGCGUGCGGAAGCAAGCGCCAUGUACGGCUUGCUACUGCCGAGAGUUCUGAGGAGGGCCCAGGCGAGAAGCCUCAAAAAAAAAGCGCAAGAAGACAGUUCUCCAGAAGAAGCAGGUGAGCCGAUUGAUUCGCCCUUCCGCUCCGUGGCCACCGGUGUCAGCAGUUGGCGCCAGCUGAGCCUUGGCUCCUUGUCCUCACAAGGUUUGCCCACCAUCUUGACGCACAUCUCUGAGAGCAAGAAAGGUAUGUGGGUGGAUGAGGAGGAGGAGGAGCCUUUGCCUUCGCCCAAGGCAGAACCGGAGCCAGCGCCAAGUCCGAACUGCGAGGCAGCAUGGCAAGGCGGAGCUGGUGGACAGAGCGGACUUCCUGCACCGCUGGUGAUCUCUAUUCCGCCAGGUCAUGGUGAUGCCAAGGACAACGAACCGCCCAAGCUGGACGAGCGGGACUACCGCAUGCUUUGGGAAGCUGUUGUGCAGGGCCACGUGUCUGUGUUGCAGCAGUUCAUGGCGCGAGGGCUUCUCCAAAGUGGCUGCCUUUGCGACAUGAAUGGCCACAGCAUCUUUUGGAAUGCCUUGGCAUACCAACAACAGCAGGUGGCCAUGUUCUUGCUGCAGCACUUUCCACCAGGAACUCCCGAGGGCAUUGACCUGAUGGAGAUCCAUGCUCGGCGCAAAGAUACACUGCUCCACCUUUGUGUGUACUUCGAGGACUUCUCAGGACCUGCUGCUGAGCUUUUCAAGUCACUUUUCUUAGGCAUGGGUCAAAUGCAUGCAAAUCCAUUGCAGGCUUGGAGCAGAGCCAAUGCUGACUCGGAGACCUUCUUGCAUUGUGCAGCAGCCAGAAGAAACUUCUGGGUGAUGCGCUUUGUUGCGUCGCAUGCUUGGGAGUUGCUUUUUCAGCAAAGCGUGAGAGCCAAUGCUAUCCAGGUCUUGCUUGAGAAGCUGGAAGAGGUUGGAGUGGUUCGUCCAGCGGCCGCUGCUCCUGAUGUUGAGGUACCGCAAACAUGGAUGAACUUUGCGCAGUAUUUGCCGCAUCGCGCAGAAAGAGGAUCGGCCUUUGCAGAUGUCGAGCUCGAGGUGCAGGAGUCGUCGACUUGCUAUCGGAGCAUCGCUGCGCAUCGCUGCGUGCUCGGAGCUGCCUCAGGCAUAUUCCAUCAACAACUCCUCGAAUGCCCUUCAGGAAGGUCCAUUCUCAUAAGCCCACUUAGCUGCCGAAGCUGGAAGGUUCUGGACACUGCUUUGACCUUCAUUUACUCCUCGCGAAUCUCUUGUGAUUUCAGUGAGGAUGGCUUCUUGCUUUGGCAGUUGCUGUGCCUUUGCAGCAGCUACCAACUCCCAGAGCCGCUCUGGAGGUACGCCAGAUCAGCACUUCUUCGGGUGCUCGUGGAUUCAACGUUUGCUGUGGUGACCCCAUUGCUUUUGGAGGCCCGAGAUGAGGUUGGUUUGUCAGAUCUUGAGGCCUGCUUCGCGGCGCACACGUUUCUGCAAAGUCCAGAGGUGGCACUGCGCAGUUGCGAGCAGCCUCAGGCUCUUCUGACAGCAUUGGGUGAGAUCGAGCGCCAAGCCAUGUCAAUGGCGACGAAAGAGGAUGUGCCGCUCACAAGUGGUGGCCCUCCAUGUACGUGAAGUGACGACCACGACCACGAAGUGGAACGUGUCCAGCCAGGCCGUGAUCUCUUUUUGUGGCGGAGCGUGGCUU